CUCGUGUUUGAAUGCAGCAUGUUGUCUACGCGCUGUUGACUUGUGCGGUUUAUGAUCGUGUUUGCAUUUAUUCGUGCGACCUGCACACGGUUAAAUACUCGUUCUCACGCAUUAAAGAAGUUGUUUAAGAGUGUCAGCAUGUGUAAAGAGCUGAAGACGAGAGUCUUGCGACUGCCAGCGCUGAGUUCAGAUGAGCUGAUGUCACAGCCGGAAUGGGCAGAUAUCCUGAACUCUACUGUACAGGCUUUGAAGGCUGGUCAGGUUGUGGCUGUUCCCACUGACACCAUCUACGGUCUCGCCUGUGUGGCUCAAAACUCUGAUGCCAUCAGGAGAGUUUAUGAUAUCAAAGGCAGGAGUGAAGACAAACCUUUAGCCAUCUGUGUUGGAGAAAUACAGGACAUAUACAGGUUCUGUAAGGUGUCUGUGAAGGAGGAACUGCUCAGUGAUUUGCUGCCUGGACCCGUAACGCUAGUUCUGGAGAGAUCCGCCACACUGAACGAUGAUCUAAAUCCUUUUACUAAGCUCAUAGGGGUCCGUAUUCCAGACCACCUGUUCAUGAGGCGCCUCUGUCAGAUGUGCAGUGAGCCGCUCGCUCUCACCAGUGCUAAUGUCAGCACACACAACAGUACACUUGCUGUUCAUGAGUUUGAGGAUUUGUGGCCCAGUCUGUCUGUUGUAGUGGAUGGUGGCCCAAUUGGAGCCAAAAGUCGUUUGGGUUCAACAGUAGUAGAUCUUUCUGUGUGUGGGAGAUACCGUAUAAUCAGACCUGGAUGUGCCCUCUCUGCAACGGUUCAGGUACUGGAGGGCAAGUAUGGACUGCUGGAGAAUUGUCAAUCAAUGAGUUCAAGCACACUAAACCUGCUGUAGGUCACAGUCAGCAUGCACACUGACCAGUGGAUGGUUUGGAUGACCAAAAGGAAGGUGUCAUCAAAUGUGUCUGUAAAUGUCAUUCUCACUAUUGGGACUUUGAGUCUUUAUGCUGUUUUUCAGAUAGUUUGGGGUUUGGUGAUUAUGAGCUGAAUGUGUUUUGUUAUUUAAAACGAUGAUUUCAAGACUUUUAAAUCUUCAGAUGCAAUUUCUCAAGCAUGUUGGAGAAAAAAAAUAUUCCUCUAUCAAACUUUCAGCUCUUAAGGUAACUUCCAGUCUUGCGUUACUUCAUGGGUGUUGGUUUAGUGCUCUUCUGUUGAGUAAUCCUUCGAUGUAUAUUGCGUUGAAGGGACAGUGGUAUGGUGAGAAUUAUAAAUUUUUCAAGAUACUGGACACUUGGAAGCUUGAUGUUUUGAUGGCUUUGUUACAGUACAGUUUCAAAGACAUUUUAUUCAUAUUUAUUGCCAGUUUAAAUUCAAUAUAUUGUGCAAAUUUCUAAUGAUUGUUUGCAGAGCUGCACUUAUAGUUUUAUAAAAAUGAAUGCAACCUUAAAACUGAUGUGAAGAGGAACUUAUUUAUUACUGUACUGAAUUCAAUUAUGGACCGAGUAAAUUGUGAUCUUUAAAUAAUCACCAGUAAUAUCCCCACCAAUGUGUUUUUUUUUUAUUUUUUUUAAGUAGUCUGAAUGUUUGUUUCCAUGUCUCAAAGGAAUAGUUCUCCCAAACAUUUACCCUGAUACCAUCCCAGAUGUGUAUGACUGUCUUUCUUCAGCUGAAAAUAAAUGAAGAUUUUUAAAAGAAGAUGGAGCUCUGUCAGGUCCUUGUAAUGGAAUUACAUUGGUGCCAGCACUUUGACCACCCAAAAGUCAUAGCUAGGCAGCAUAAAAGUAGUCCACAUGGAUCCAGUUGAUCAAUGAAUGUCUUCUGAUGUAAAUCAAUAAGUUUGUGUAAUUUUUUUUUUACUUAUCAAAAUGAUUUUAACUUUUAAAAAGUGCUUCCUAUCAGCAGCUGAUGCAAAGCGUGCCGUAAGAGUGUCUGUGAGAUCACGCAAUAAUUCGGAAGUGCUGCUUAUUUACAAAAGAAUGUCAUGCAGGGUUUGAUUAUUUCAAACCACAUUGAAGCCCUGAUGGAAUUGCAGAUUUAAUGUUUUAAUUAUCCACUUGUUUCUUACAUAAACCAAUUGAUUCGCUUCAGAAGACCUUCAUUGAUUGACUGGAGAGGUAUGGAUUACUUUUAUGCUGCCUAAAUGUGACUUUUGGACCGUCAAAAUGCUGACACCCGGGUUUUUCCAUUUAUAAGAACCUGACAGAGAUCUAUCUUCUAAAAAUCUUUGUGUUCUGCUGAAGAAAGAGAGUCAUACACAUCUGGGAUGGCAUCAGGGUAAAUGAUGAGAAUUAUAAUUUCUGAAUGAACUAUUCCUUUAAGUGAUUGUUUUGAUUUAACAAUUGAAUUUUACCAUUUUGUAAUCAAAUUAGAUUUUUGUAACUGCUAAUUAAAG